AUGGUAAAAUCAAAGAUAGGGUUUUGCUUCCGGGUUGCACGCCCUUGUGGGUUGCACGCCCUUGUCCCUGAUCUUCUGAUCCCAGAAGUCUUGCUUCUAUGCAACCGGAUCCCGCUCCUCAAGGGCGUUUUGGUAAACACAUGGGAAGAACUCGAGCCGGUGACGUUGAACGCAUUGAGAAACCAUCCUUUCUUUGUCAACGUGCCGACGCCGACGGUUCAUCCCAUCGGACCCUUAACCAAAGACAAAGAGGCUGAAGUAGUGGGAUCGGAGUUGCUGACGUGGCUGGACAAGCAGCCGUGUGACUCGGUUGUUUACGUGUCUUUCGGCAGCGGAGGGAGGCUGUCGGCGGAGCAGACGACGGAGUUGGCUCAUGGCUUGGAGCUGAGCGGGAAACGAUUCCUCUGGCUGGCGAGACGUCCUAAAGCAAACGAUUCUUCCGGAAGCUUCUUCGAAGCUGGUUGUGGUGAUGGUGCCCUUACGGCGUCGUAUUUUCCGGAUGGGUUUUUAGAGAGGACACAAGGGGCGGGACUCGUGACGGAGACGUGGGCCCCACAGGUGGCUGUGUUAAGCCAUCCAUCGGUAUGUGGGUUUGUGACGCACUGCGGGUGGAACUCGGUGAUGGAGAGCGUGGUGCACGGGGUGACAAUGGUGGCGUGGCCGCUUUAUGCGGAGCAGAAGAUGAAUGCGAGGGCGUUUGUGGAGAUGGGAGUGGCGGUGUGGCCGGAGGCGGGAGAGGAUGGAGUUGUGGGGAGGGGUGAGGUUGAGAGAGUGGUGAGGAUGGUGGUGGAAGGUGAGGAAGGGAAGGAGAUGAGGAGGAGGGUGAGGGAGAUACAGCGGAGUGCGGCGGAGGCUUUGGGCGGUGGUGGCUUGUCUUGUGGGUGUCUCAGUCGCUUGGGGAUGGAGUGGAGGGAUGGAACUCAUGGAAGUUCAAGUUGA